GUGUAUCUGUCAAAAUGAGCAUUUCAACUUCAAUAUCUGAUUAUAUAGAUGAUGAUGAUAUAUAUUCUGUAGAUGUAUAUGAUAAACCACCUAGACCUGAUGAAUCUACCAUGUGGGAUUAUUUUAUGAUUGAGACAACAGAAAAAAGCACUUUUGAUGUUUGCCAAAUCUGUAAAGAAAAAAACAUUGAUGUUAGUGCUACUAGACUUCAGGAUUUUAAAUUUAUAAAUAUUAAAAAACUGAAAUCUGAAGAUGAAUUUGAUACACAAAUAAUUUCAAAGCAACUUCAUCAAUCAUUACAACCUCCUGUUACUACUGAAGACCUAUGUGAUUUAGUUAAAGCUGCAAGUUAUCUUUCUCUUCAAGAAUAUUAG